CGGCGGGGCUGGGGGGAACCGGGGCGGCACCGAGACCGACACCGAGAGCCGGACCCGCCGGGCGCUGGGGCCCGGGGGCUGCGCCGCUGCGACCGGGCUUCCCAGGCCGCGGGGAAGAUGGCGGCGGAGCGGGGCUACUGGAGCCACCUGACGACCCUGCAGAAGGUUGCGGUGGUCCUGGGGGUCCCGGCCGGUGCCGCCGUCCUCUACAUCCUGUACCGCCGGUACCGGGAGAGCCGUGAGGAGCGGCUGGUCUUCGUGGGAGAUGAGGAACUGGAAAUCGAGAUGCGAGUCCCCCGGGCGGCUGUGAAAUCCAUCAUCGGCCGGAAGGGAGCCACCAUCAAAAAGCUGAGCCAAGAGACAGGGGCUUACAUCGAUGUGGAGGGAGAGGAUGAGAAUGAGGAGACGGCGCUGCUGAUCUCUGGCUCCCCCAGCCAAGUCUGCCAGGCAAAAGCCGCCAUCCACCAGAUCGUGGCAGAGAGCACCCCGGUGUCGGAGCAGCUCUGCGUGCCCCAGAGAGCCGUUGGCAGGAUUAUCGGCCGGGGUGGUGAGACUGUGCGGGGCAUCUGCCACAGGUCGGGUGCCAAGGUGCUCUGUGAACGUGAGGCCGACACCGGCCUGGCCCCAGUCAGGGUCAUCCAACUCUUGGGGACGCGGAAGGAGGUGGCAGCCGCCAAGAAACUCAUCAUGGAGAAGCUGAUGGAAGACAAUGCUUUCCACAAGGAGCUGGCACAGUCGACAGUGAUGCGGUGCCAGCGCAAGCAGCCCCUGGGCAUCCGGCGGGAGCAGGAGCCGCUCCCACCCAGGGUGCCAGAGCACACGGAAGAGGAUGAGGGCUUGUCCUGGGGUGAAACCUCCCUCCUGGGCCAGGCUCCCUUCGAGGAGGCAGAGAAGCUGAAGGAUGAGAGCAAGGAGCUGCAGGAGCUGGUGGCAGGGCCUGACGCAGCAGUGCCAAAAUUUGAGAUUCCCAGCCCUGACUUCAGCUUCCACGCUGAUGAAUACCUGGAAGUUUAUGUCUCGGCUGCUGAAAACCCCAACCACUUCUGGAUCCAGAUCAUCGGCCACCGCAGCCUGCAGCUGGACAAGCUGACCACAGAGAUGCGGCAGUACUACCAGAGCAGUGACCGUGUGGCAGAGCUCCCGGCUGUCCAAGCAGGGGACAUUGUGGCUGCUCCCUACAUGGAUGGCAGAGACUGGUACCGGGCCCGCGUCCUGGGCACUCUGGAGAACGGCAACUUUGACCUUUACUAUGUGGAUUUUGGGGACAACGGGGAGGCCCCCUGCGAGGCGCUGCGAGCCCUGCGGAGCGACUUCCUGAGCCUUCCCUUCCAGGCCAUCGAGUGCAGCCUGGCUGGGAUCAUGCCUGCUGGAGAUGGCUGGGCAGAAGCAGCCCUGGAUGAGUUCGACCGGCUCACCCACUGUGCCACGUGGAAACCUGUGGUGGCAAAGCUUUCCAGUUACGUCCAGUCUGGGCUCGGCACCUGGCCGAAUGUCAGGCUCUACGCUGUCCACCAUGGAGAGAACCUGGAUGUGGGAGCAGAGCUGGUGCGGCUGGGCUAUGCCGUCCCCUGUCCCCAGGAGGAAGAGGUGGCGGAGGACAUCCCCUCACAGCCAGCACAGGAGGCUGCGGCCGAGACGCCGGACAGCGUCACCUGCAUCUCCCUCGAAAGCCUCCUGUCGGAGUCCCGGAAAAGUCCCGGCGAGACGCCCCUGACCCUGUCCUGCGUCAGCCUUUCCAACGGUGCCUCCGGCAGCGGCGAGAAUAGCGGCGUGAUGGAGAGGAGCUCCCGGUGACACCGGUGAGCACGAUUGUCCUGGCAGAGACCCAUGGGAGGGCAGAGUGGGAAGACAGGGGUCUCUGCUCGUGGACGCAUGGCACGGCUGCUGCUGCCGGUUGUAUCUCUUCUCUCCGGGAGUUCCCGGCUGGCCGCGCUCCCGGUAGCUGGCUCCCUCUGGUUGCAGUUGGAUUGUUUUCGCCCCAGCCCAGUUUCGUGGCGAGGGGCAGGAACCACGUUGGUGUCCCGGUUCAAUAAAAUGGAAGGUUUUGGA